AUGACAAUGUUGAAACAAAUGUUAUUCCAAUACCAAGGUCAUAUAGGUGCAGCUUUAGUUUUAGGUGGAAUAGAUUCUACAGGUCCUAAUCUAUUCACCGUUGCACCACAUGGAUCAACAGAUAAAUUACCUUAUGUUACGAUGGGUUCAGGCUCAUUAGCAGCAAUGGCAGUAUUCGAAUCAACAUGGAAACCAAACUUAACACAAGACGAAGCAAAGAAUUUAGUAAUCAAAGCAAUCUCAGCAGGUAUCUUUAACGAUUUAGGUUCAGGUUCAAAUUGUGAUGUUUGCGUAAUUGAGAAGGAUCAACCAACUCAAUUAUAUAGAAAUAUUGCACCAGAGUUGAAUGCAAGAUCACAAAAGGAGAACAAUUACAAGUUCAGAAGGGGUACAACGGCUGUUAAGAAGGAAUUUAUCAGAAAUCUUAUUGAUGAAGAGGAAGUUGUUGAGAUUGGUCAAGGUGGUGAUAGUAUGGAUCUGAUUCAAUUAGAAUCUAUACAAUCAAACGAUUACAAUCAGCUUAAAUUCAGAUGCUUGCAUAUUAAAUCUACUCUGUUAGAUGGUUAUCAUCACAAUGAUAAUAACCUAAUUGAGGAAUUCAAGGAUAUUAGAAUUCAAAGGUGGAUUGUUGAUUGGUGUCUAAGAAAUAACAACAAAUCCGUUGCAAAUCUUCUGAUUGACAAAUCUAACAUUCAUUUCCUCAUCGAUAACGACUUAACUGAUCAAAUUACUAAAAUUGAGUCAGAUUUGUUGAAUUUCUCUUGCGAUUCAGCUUUAGCCUGGUGUAAUGAGAACAAGCUGAACCUCCGCAAACUUAGUAUUCAAUUCGAAUUCGAUUUAAGGUUACAACAGUACAUUGAAAUCGUCAGACAAGGCAACAUUCAAUCAGCAAUCUCUUACUUAAGGCAUCAUCUUAUAUCUCACUUUUCUACUCACUCCAAGCAAAUUCAACAAGCUGUCGCUCUGUUAGCAUUUCCUGAAUCUUCCAUUGUUGGCGUUUAUCGUAAUUUAUAUAACAAAUCUAGAUGGUCAGACUUGAGUCUACAAUUUAAAGCUGUCGCUUUACAUUUAUACGGUUUAAGUACUCAACCUAUGCUACAUGUCGCUCUCAGCGUUGGUCUACCCUCACUUAAAUUACAAUGUUGCUCAAUUGCUCAAGAUUCCUCUCAAGUUGAUAAUCAUGUCAACGAAUUUGAACACCUUUACAAUGAUUCAACUUUCCUUUCGACGAAGAGUGAGAGACUCCUCGACAACCACUCCACCAACUGUCCUACUUGUGACCCUGAGUUACUAGGUGCAUUGGCUCAACAAGUUCCACACUCACAUCACACUAACUCUUCAAUCGUUUGUAAGAUUUCUGGAAAAGUCGUCAAAGACGGUGAAAUGCUCGCUUUCCCUAAUGGCAGAGUUUACUCUAAAUCUGCUUUACAUGAUAUGGCUCAAAACGAUGCUCAAAAUAUGGUCAAAUGUCCGCGAGAUGGUACAAUAGUCCACUACAGCAAACUACGCAAGGUCUUUGUUUCAUGA